GCCACCUACUGAAUGGUCUAAAUCUCACUUUUCCGAAACUGUGAAAUGUGAUACCUUACUCAAUAAUAUAUGUGAAUGUUUUAAUAGCAUGAUCCUUGAGGCUAGAGAUAAGCCGAUUAUCACUCUAUUGGAGAAGUUAAGGUACUUACUUAUGUCGAGGAUGCAAGCAAAUAGGGAUAAAGGUGCCCAGUGGAAUGUUGGUGAUAUUUGCCCUAGGAUUAAGGAUGUAUUGCACAAAAAUCAAGCUAAGGCAGCUGAAUUUAUUCCUAGGAAAUCAAAUGAGUGGAAUUAUGAGAUAAUAGGGGCAAGCAUAAUGAACAAUUGGGCUGUGGAUUUACUAAAUAGAAAAUGCAGUUGUAGGAGAUGGGAUCUAACAGGAAUUCCUUGCAAACAUGCCAUUGCCGCAAUUUGGGCUAAACAUGAUGACAUUAACUCAUACGUGGAUGAUUGUUAUAAGGUAGAAACUUAUAGAAAAAUCUAUGCAUUUUCUAUUCUACCUAUGAACGGUCAAGAGAUGUGGCCUAAGUCGAAAAACAUACCUCCUUUGCCUCCACGGUUGGUAAGACAAAGUACCAAAGGAAAAAAACAAAAGCAGCGGAGAAAAGAACCAGAUGAAGUGGGAGCAAGUAGCCAAAAAAUGAGAAGGAAGCAAAAUAAAUUGGACUGUAGCUUAUGCCACAAACCAGGCCAUAAUAUAAGAACCUGCAGUUUAAAUCGUGUGUAUCCAGAUUCUCAUGAUGAUGAGACAACGCAACAAGGAUCGUCAUUUCCUAUUGUACCUUUUGCUCCUACAAAGCUUACGGUGAGAAGAGGACCUGCUAGCGAAGAACAUAUGAAAGCAACUCAAGAAAGUGGAGUGUCUGACAACUCAUUUUUUAGUAUGUAAAUUGUUGCUGUUAAAGAUUGUGUUUUGCUGCUGUUGAAGGAAAAUUUUUGCUGCUAUAGAAGGAUAAGUUUUGCUGCUCUAAAAGGAUAGUUUUGCUGCUGUGAAAGGUUAAUUUUUGCUGCUGAAGUCUGGUGUAAAUGAGUCGAUGUUGCUGUUGAAGACGAUGUGGACAGGUUUAUAUGCAUAGCAGACUAAAAGGGAUAGGUUGAUAUGCAUAAAAGGGUUAAUUUUUUGUUGCUAAAGAUUGAUGUAAAAGAGUAGAUUUUAGUAACUCUUCAUUUUGGUUUAGUUACUGUACAGAGCUACAGUACUAUAUUUCUCAGAAGAUGGAUAUUAUCUAUAAAGGAGAUACUUUUAUUAGCUCCUUA